AUGUCAGCAACUUGGGAGCUUGCUGUCGUGGCUGGCGGCAGCUCGGGAAUUGGCUCGAGACACGAAGCGAGAGCACGACAAGCCAGAGACAAACUCACCAAAGACACCGGUAUCAAUGUUAGAAACUUUCAGCAAUUGGUGAUGGAUCUGUAUGAUCCCGUCAGCAUCACUCAUGCUGUCGAAGAGCUGAAGCGGAAGGAGACCAAACUGAAUAUUCUGAUCAAUGAUGCGGCCGCGGCUGUUGAGGGUUCGUAG